UUGUUAUAUAUGUGGAAAUGUCUUCGUUUAUCUAUUCAAUAUACGGGAUUGACCAAUUGCGUUUAUUGUAUGAGUGAACCACCUGUCGCAUAUUAUAACACACAACAUCUGCAUUUGUGUCAACAUAAGCUUUUAAACAUUCAUAUCUUUCUAUUUUCUACGUGUCUCGGGAAAAUAAUCCGCUGCAUCUAAUUGUGCUGUGUUUUUCAUUUGUCCACGCAUACGACGUUCAAAACGGGAAGCGAUGAGUUUGUUCAAUUUUGCUAUAAUUUUCAUCUUUGCUUCGUUCGGAAGCAUUUAUGGCGCAGAUGAUGAAACUCGCACCGUCGCAAAUAAUUUAAGCGUGAAACUGGCCAGCGUUCUGAAUGAAGCAGUAAACUAUUCGACAUUGUCCGACAUCGUGAAAGAUCUUGAUGGGAAAUCGCUCGCGAAGACGGCAAUAGAUAAGGAUAUUAGUAAUUUAAAAAUGUUAUUCAAGAAUCGAACAUCCACAGCUGAGGACAUGGCAAAAUAUGCUGAGCUGGUUUACAAAAACCACACUAUAAAGACAGAUUUAGGCGAAGAUUACGAGUACUUUAAUGCAAUGGAAGGGAACGAGUCCAUGUUGGGAGAGACCGAUGGAUUUUCUGUCCGUGUCACUUUGCAAACAAGCGCUGUCCAAACUCCAACUGACCUCUACCAAUAUACUGUUAAAAUUUUGAACUCGAUUGACUGGACGAAGGAACUAGAUACGAAAUUUAAGGAAAAUUAUAACAAUCAAAAGAUGAAAGCAUGGCAGUAUAUUGGCUUGUCCAAUGGAGUCUAUCGCUGGUAUCCUGGAACUUCUUGGCGUAAUGCCAGUGCGCAUUUACAGUAUUUCGACGUACGUAAGAGAUCAUGGUAUAUUGAUGGUGCGAGUUCACCAAAAGACAUGGUCAUUAUUCUUGAUCUGAGUGGAAGUGUUAUUGGUAACCGAUUGUCAAUUAUGAGAUCAGCCGUUGUACAAUUACUGGAUACUUUGCAAGAAAACGAUUUCGUCACCAUUGUUUCUUUCAACAAAAAUGCUCGUUAUUUAAAGGACUGCUGGAAGCAUUUAGUACAAGCCACGGAGAGAAAUAAGAAGAUAUUAAAAGCUGCAGUGAUGGAUGAUUCUGUCAAGGGAAAAAAUGUUGCUAACGUUGACAAAGGGUUUAAACUGGCGUUUACAGCUCUUGAGGAGGCACGUGAAAUGAAGUCUGGAAGAACUUCGAACUGCACUCAGACAAUUGCAUUUUUUACCGAUGGUGUUGAAGGUGACACAGUUGCUGAAGAUGUUUUUGAUAAAUAUAACAGCGAAAAAAAAGUUCGAGUGUUCACUUACUUGGUUGGUCGUGAAAACGGAAGUCCUUUUGAAGCAGUAAAGUGGAUUGCUUGUAAUAACAAUGGGUUUUUUUACAGGAUUGAAACGUUGAGUGAUGUUCGUGAAAACAUUGUGAAAUACGUGACAGUUUUAAGUCGUUCAAGAGAUGAGAAGGCCAAAUGGACACCAAUGUAUUCGGACGCUCAGGGACUUGGUAUGACGUCGGCUCUUGUACUUCCUAUUUUUGAUCAGAGAAAGAAACUUGUUGGUGUGCUUGGCUCUGAUGUUCGUUUAGAUGAGAUUUUAGCCAUGUUUCCGGAGCCACAUCUGGGUGCUGGCGGUUAUCCAUUUGCAAUAACUAACAAUGGAUUGGUUUUCUUCCAUCCACUAUUAAAUAAAGAGGAGGAAACCACAUUGAAGGAUCGUAUCAGUGUUUACUUAUCUGAGGUCAUGCCCCACUUUGAUGAUCCCGACAGAGAUCAGAAGCUUGCGAAAGAGAUGAUAGACGGAAAGAAAAACGACUUGGGGUAUUCAAGAUCUCUUGUCUUGGCGAAGUAUGAUGAUAAGUUUCGUAUUGUAAAAAGAAAAUUGAAUUAUUCAUACGAACACAUCAGCGGCACCUCCUUCAGUGUUGGUAUAGCUAUGACAGACUAUGGAUCUUCUGUAAUCAGUGCACCACAAAGAAAGAACCAAUAUGAAAAAGAUAUUAAGAAAGCGUCCGAAGCUUUACAACAAGCAGGAAUUAAUAUUUCAGUUGGAAAAAACUGGCCUUAUUGCUCUGGACAAAUAAACAACUGGACAGAGUUAAAAAACAGCCUGGAAAAGUCUGAAUGCGAAAAGAAUACUGACUUGAUCGACCAUGUUAUUUUCGACAUCACUGAGCUUGGCCUUGGGUCUGCUUGGAAGCCAGGGGAAAUAAGUUCAGAUAGGAUUAAGGCUAUUUUCAUUGGAACAACAUCAGGAUUGACAUUUUACAAAUCAGAAAACACAACGUUUAGUACAUCCAUAAAACAGGAAUAUUUUGAGAGGGCCGCUGAUAGUUGGAAAACUCAACCUAUAAUUUUUUCCGCGCCUAGUACAAAUGAAGUGCACGCUAGUAAAGCUGUGGUUGCUAAAAAAGGAAACGUACUUUGGGGAGUCACUGGAAUUCACAUGGAAUCGUCUUAUUUAAAAAGAAUUCUUAAAGAUACACACAAUGAGUGUGAAGGCGAUGAGGAUAUAUUUUGUUAUCUAUUGGAUGAGAAUGGCUACAUCGUCUCGUCGAAGGAAGAGAACAAGAAUGGUCAAUUCUUCGGUGAACAUGAAGGAUAUGUUAUGGAAGAUUUGAUUGAUAAGAAAGUUUACCAAAAGUACAACUUCACCGAUGUACAAGCAACAUGUAAAAAAAGUUCUGAAGAUUCGAGUAGCUCUGUUAGACUCUUGGAUCCGAUAUUCUCACUUGUUAACUAUGCCAAAUGGUGGACUCAGACAAUGGCAUUAAGUUUGAUUCAAUACAGCCUUUAUACUGCUAUGACUGGGACAAAUCAAGGUAAAGCAGAAGACGAAGAAGAAGACAAAACAUAUGCUUGCUUUAAGAAUAUCGAUUUGUAUUUUCGUGAAACUGGAAGUAAAGACGACGCCGAAAACAGCUCACUUCCGGCCGACCACGGCUGUCAAAGGUCUUACACGUCGUCUGGUGUUGACAAUACAAAUUUAUUGUUGGUUAUUGUCAAUGUUAAAAACAGUUCCUUUUGCGCGAGCAAAACAAAACAGAUGGUUAUCUCGCAAGAAAUUGAAAUUGAAGCAUCGUGUGACUUAGCUGACCAUCACCGAGCUCCGGCUGAGAGCCUCGGUUCCUGUGCUCCGAAAAAAAGGGAGUCAAAUGAGUGCAGUUCUGGCAAAGCGUUGAUACCUUCUACUGUUCUUCUUGUUCUCGUGCAAUUCGUGAUGCUGUUGAGGAAAUGAAAUUCAUCAAUUAGAAAAGGGAAAAGUAGAAAUGGAAUCAUUUGCGUAAAAGUUCCCUUUUGUUUAUUUAAAACACUAAUAUAAUAAUUGUACAGUUUUACUAUUUAUUUAGAAGUAUAGAGUGUAAAUAGAUACCGGAGUUUAGUGCACUAUUAUUGCAUGGGUAUUGGCUACUGCUCAUCGCAUGUCUAAUGAGUGUAUUGAGGAGCCAUUUUGUAAGACUAAAAUGUAGCGAAACAUUUGCGAUUGUAUAGUUUAAUCAGUUAUCUGAGUCUAUUUAUGAUGGACGCUAUCAGAUGUUUAAGAUUUUGAUACGGUUUCACAAGAUGUUUGUCUAGUGGUGCUAUAAACCGUUCUUCAUUGUUCUAUAUUAUUGUCAAUUAUUGUUUAAAUAUUUAAUUUGUUCUUUAUAUCGCAUCGUCAUUCACAGGGUCGUACCAUAGCUCUCCAGGUGGGGGAGGGGUGUUUGCCGAGAAUAUGUCCAAAUGCGCUCAAAUAAUUUCGCGACUGGCAUAUCAAAGUAUAUCAAAGUCAUUGAAUAGAACUUGGCAUUGGCAAUUCUUCCCCCUAUACCCCCGUGGGUACGGCCCUGCAUGAUUAUUUGAGCAAACGAUUUUUUAUUAUGCAAGGUUACCUAAUUUAACCAAAUAUUUAUCUAAUUAGGAUGCUUAGAAUGUUCCACUAAUAGAAUUUUAUAGCAAUUAAAUUUAAUAACUUAUUUGU